GCAGUGCUCGGCUGCGAAGUGCGGGUUGCAGCGCGGUCAGAGCUGACUGAGAUUUCUGCGUGGCGCUGAAGUUACAAAAUGCUGUAGGGUCUCGGUUUUACACUUCUCUCAGGCUUCCUGGACAGUCUCGGUUGAAGUUUCAUAAAUAUUUUAUCUGUGAAGAACUCACGGCAUCCUCCGUAGGAAAAUGAAUCGCCUGUAAAAGGGGAGCGUUUUGUGAUGCUGGUUCUGAUACCACGUUUUCAAUAACACUGAACAGAAAAGAUGCUCUCACAGAGGAUCAGAAGACCUUAGCUUCAUAUGGGAUUGUUUCUGGUGAUUUGAUAUGCUUAUUACUGGAAGAGCCAGAUGGACAGCCCAGCCUACCUCCUCCUCCUGCUGCUCCAGCCCCACUUCAGAAUGGUCAUGAGCCGUCCAACAGUCAGGCCAACAGUGCAAGAGAAGGGCAGGUGGAAGUUCAAGAGAGUGGUGAGAGGGCAGGAUCCAGCCAAGAAUUUCCUUCUAGAUUAGUCCCAGAAGAUCCUGACCUGGAAGAAAGUACAGGUUCCUAUCCCUCCGAACCCAUGCUGUGCAGUGAGGCUGCUGAUGGUGAAACACCCCAUUCCUUAGAGGUGCUCUACCUUUCUGCUGAGUGUACCAGUGCCACUGAUGCCUUGAUCGUUCUGGUUCAUCUUCUCAUGAUGGAGACGGGCUAUGUACCUCAGGGGAUAGAAGCCAAGGCAGUCUCCAUGCCAGAGAAAUGGAGAGGGAAUGGUGUUUAUAAGCUACAGUACACACAUCCCCUUUGUGGAGAAGGGUCUGCUGGUUUGACUUGUGUGCCUCUGGGAGAUCUUAUUGCUAUUAAUGCAACAUUAAAAAUCAACGAAGAGAUUAGAAGUAUUAAGAGAAUCCAGCUAUUGCCAUCAUCCUUUGUUUGCUUUCAGGACCCAGAGAAGGUUGCAGGUGUUUACAAAGACCUUCAGAAAUUGUCCCGUCUCUUUAAAGACCAGCUGGUUUACUCUCUCCUAGCUGCUGCCCGACAAGCUUUGAACUUGCCAGAUGUGUUUGGGUUAGUGGUCCUUCCUCUUGAGCUCAAGCUUCGGAUUUUCAGACUCCUGGAUGUCCGUUCCCUCAUCUCUCUCUCGGCUGUUUGCCGUGAUCUCUACACAGCUUCCAAUGACCAGCUUCUGUGGAGGUUUAUGUACCUGCGGGAUUUCCGAGAUCCUAUUGCAAGACCUCGUGACACAGAUUGGAAAGAACUAUACAAGAAAAAGUUGAAACAGAAGAAGGAAGCCUUGAGAUGGAGGCACAUGAUGCUUCUACCCCCUAUACCUCAUCCAAUCCCCUUUCAUCCCAACCCAUUCUAUCCUAAUCCCUUUCCACCCAACCCAUUCCCAUCAAAUCCAAUCUAUCCCCCAAUGAUCAUUGGGGGAGAAUAUGAUGAGAGACCAACACUUCCAUAUGUUGGAGACCCAAUUAACUCACUCAUUCCUGGCCAGGGAGAAGCACCAGGUCAGUUUCCUCCAUUCAGACCACAUUUUGACCCCAUUGGCUCCCUGCCUGGAGCAAACCCCACGCUUCCAGGACGAGUUGGUCCCAGUGACAGGUUUCCACCUCGACCCAGCCGGGGCCGCCCCAUGGACAUUCGCCGUGCAUUCAUUUGAUUGCUGCUUUUUCCUGCAGGGAGUUCUGUAGUUGCUGAGCUUGCUUUCUAACUGUAGGAGAUUGCAGAUCCCAGGCACUAACAUCUGCCUUCAGAUUGUGUCAAGAACAUGUGUGCAUGGUGAUGUCCCAACUGCAGAGGCUGGGUUUGUUUUGUGCUCUGGUAGUGCUGUAUCACCUGGCACUUAAGGUCUGUUCCUCAAAGAGCUACGACUUAGAGCAGUUUGUUCUGCUGCCCCCUCCUUGCCCUUGAUCGUCUGUGAAGUGCUACUUAGAGACCAGAAUAACAGCCAAAUCCUUACUGCAUCAGAUAAAGAGCACUUUAAAUACAAACCCUCUACUUGUCUGUUUUAUUUGAAGAGUUUUACUGCAUUGCCAGGAUGAAAGGUUUUGUUUAAAAUCUACUCAGCUAAUUAAUAAUCGUUAUUAACAAAAAAGUUACCACAUAGAACAGGAUACUGCCGCUGUUAUGGUGGAUGUGUGUUCAUGGAAAUUUUUAAAGGUGUUGUUUCCUUUUUCCUUUAAUGUUUUAUUAGGUAAAAAGCAUUUUUGUAUUGUUACUUAAUGCACAAAGAAUACAGCAAAGGGAUUUUCUUUACAAUGGAAAUAUUAGAACACAAAUAAAUUCAUUUUACAAACAAUUGAGUAAAGUCAUGCCACAGUGCAACUCAGAAGUUUAAGCAGAAGCAGAGCAAUUUUACAAAGAAUUAGCAGCAAAACUUUUGACUUUGUCCUUGACUUUACAAAUAAGGAUCUGUAGUACGCGACUGCAUUUACUGUGUUUGAACUAAAAGUGGUGUGAAAAUGCAUCUGUUCUUCCUAUCUGACAUACUUAAAGAAUUAAAUAGGCUGAACGUGGUUACAGUGGGGAUGGAAUCACAACAACAUAAGCAGAAUGUGUUCUGACUUUAGUAAAUUCCAUUUAGUUCCAUUACUUAAGUAUCAGAUGAUAACUUGCCAAAAAGAAAUGUGUCGUAGCAUGUUAUGAGCACAUUUCAAGUGUUGUCUUAUUAACUAAUGAGCAGCUAACAAGACCACUGUUAAAGUUUCCUGAUGAGACCUGCAAACUGAUGCUGGAGCUCAAUUAAAGGAAGACUGAAACGACUGAACUUUGCUAGAACUUUUAAUUUCUUAUGUAUUUUUUAAGAUGAUUGAUCUCAGUGUUUCUAUAAAUGUGAAUGGUACUAAUGGCUGUUGUGACAACUGAUACUAUUUUCUAAAACUUUUUUGAAAUUCCAGCUGUGGAAAUGGAAUGACAUUUCCUGUUAAAUACAAGCUAUUUAAUCAGUAA